AUGAAUGUCGGAUAUGCUGGGCUGGUGUUGUUACACAGAUUUGCAACCAUGUUCCCAACCUGCUACUCAAGUGUGUUCCCUCCUGAGUCCGACGCAAUUUUUUUCAGUCGAGUUGAUGAAGGUGAGCUCGAUCAGCACAUGCCGUUAAUCCAUGCUUGCCAUCACGUGCCACAUCACAGCUGCAGAAGCAGGGAAGUUGGUACCUCCACCGAGGUAACAUUCUUGCCGUCAUCUUGCUCUAUAUGCCCGCAAGCUACCGCCGCAUCAACAACCAUGUUCGCAGUGGCAAGGUAUGAUGGAGUGGGCGAGCGCUUGGUUUCGGCAGUGAUGUACCUGGCAUUUGCUUCGUUUUCUAACCUAUCCUUCGGGGGGUUUCUUUACAAUUCCUCUUUCGACGACGAACAAAACAUUCAUGGGAUGAAUGCAGCAAGUACACUAGAUAUCAUGUCUGUGUACUUGGGCAGCAAUGUUUCACAGCUGAAUUUACGAAGCUCAGACCCGCGUUUUGAUCGCUGUUGGAGGGGACUCCCAGAAGGCAGAACGUUGGCGAUGAAAGGCCUGAAAUCCGUCCUGGUGUAUGACCAGUGUAGAGCAUUGAGCCUGAGAAAGGACUUGUUCCUUCUCAGCCAGCCAUUUCUGAAAGCUCUGCGCCAGUCAACACAGCUUCUUCGUCAUCGCGCAGACUUCUUCUGUUCACGCCAUCUCAAGGUGGCCAUUCACCUGCGCCGAGGUGAUAUAUUGCGCACCACACGAUCAUGGUGGCCUGGGAAGGAUCGAAUGGUACCGGAUUCGCUAUACAUGAAUCUGCUCAGGCUGCUGAGGCAGCUGCUGGGGUCCGCCACGGAGAUUCACAUCUUCUCUGUAACGAGUAAGAGCUUUCCCAGUACGAGUUUCAACAGCUACAGACACUUAGGAGCACAGGUCCACUUGGAUGGUGACAUCCUGGAAGACUGGGCACAUAUGGCACAAGCCGAUGUGUUGAUCGUCGCUCCCAGUGCCUUCUCAUGGGUUGCAGGUUUACUGAAUUCGAAAUGCGUGGUGGCUUUGAAGUCCUAUCCCUUCGGGUACUUGCCAAAAUGGAUUCGAUUGAGCGAUGAUCUCAAUGAAGCAGAUCAUAUAUUGUCAUGCAUCCACCAGAAGACAAACAUGAAAUUUUAA